UUCCGGGCCUUCUGCGGACUGUCGUUUUGGUUGGGGGUGUUCCCCUUCCUCCUCGUCCUUUCGGCGAGGUAGGAUAGGGGAAGUGUCGCGGGCGGCGGAGCUCUCGCGCGGAGGCUCGCCUGGUUUCCUUCCACUGCGAGGGCAAAGGCCGAGAGGAAGACGUCGGGCCCUUUCAAUGGUAUUUCCAUCCCAGCAGAAAAACAUGACAGACGGCUGGGUAGACUGUCCUUCCUUGGGCCCUGGCUGGCAGCGUCGUGAAGUCUUGCGCAAAAGUGGAACAAGGAGUGGACUGUCAGACACUUAUUACAUAAGCCCCAGAGGAGAGAAGAUCCGCAGCAGAGUGGAGCUGAUGAGAUUGCUAGGAUGUUCACGGGACCUGACUGAUUUUGAUUACAAGAAAGGCAUUUUUGUUGAGCCAAGCACAGAGCCCCUGCCCUCACCGCCCCUCUCACCUACUGAAGGAAGUCCUCAGAGGGUCAAAAAGGGUGGCAAAAAGCGCCUACUGCCUCUGGCAGCAGCCACCUCGUCACCCAAGAAGCCACUUGAUCUGCAGGUGUUUCCAGAGCCUCAGCCUUCUGCGGGACAGGAGCUUCUGGACCAGGAACCUCCAAAGCUGGAAUUAGAGUUUCCAGGAGAGGACCAAACCAAUAUGCAGAGUCCACAGCCGGAGCCUCCUGUUACUGGGGAUCAGCUGGCGCCAAAGCCCCGCAAGCGACGUUCUCGGAAGCAUCUUCCCCCCAUUCCUUCUGCAGGGAAAAUAGAAGACGUGACAUUGCAGGAGAGCAAUCCAGAGGAAGCCAUAGCGUGCUGUGCUAGCUGUCAGGGACAGUUCCCAGAAGUGAUGCUGCCAUCUCAGAGACGUUGUCGGUGGCUCUGCCCAGACUGCAGAGCUCAGAGAAGAGCUUUUAACAGGGAGCAAAGAUAUUAUAAGCAAAUUGGCUGUGGUGUGUGCCAGGCCUGCCAGAUGUCUCAGGACUGCGGCAUCUGCAGUGUGUGUGUUCUGCGAGCCAAAAGCCCCAAGCUCCACAUUGGCAUCAAAUGCUUGCUACGCCGAUGCUUGAAGAUUGUCAAAAAGGGCCUUGAGUGCGGCAUGUGUCAGGCUUGCAAGAUAACUGAGGACUGUGGGACCUGUGUUAUCUGUUUGAGGAGGCAGAGACCUGGCAUGAAACGUCAGUGGAAAUGUCUCAAGCGCCGUUGUCUCAAACGAAAGAAAAAAAUCCCACCCAAGAAGGAUAGCUGCAGCUCGAAGAAACUUGUAGUAGAAGCAGAUUCAGCAAAGGAUUUCUUCACCCCAAAACAACGUGGGCAGAAAAAGCCAACAUUAAUUACAGAUGGGUCCCCUCCUAAGGCCCAGUGGGUCCCAAAGCGACACCACAAGAGGCUGUCAGCUGCACCAGUGGUUCCCACAAGAUGGAAACCUACCAUACAAAGGGAUCCUGGAGGCAAUCCUAUUGUCAGGCGUAGGAAGAAGCAAUUGGGGGUGGCGAAAGAGAGGAAGAAAGUGGGCCGACCUCCCAAGCAUCCUGUGGCUAAACUCAACAGUGUGCAGUCUUCCAAAAGUCGGCGAAGCCGGAAGUGUGGUGAAUGUGAAGCCUGUCUGCUGAAAACAGACUGUGGCCGCUGUGAUUUCUGUUGUGACAAGCCCAAGUUUGGAGGGCAGAACCUCAAGCGCCAGAAGUGCCGCUGGAAACAAUGUCUGCAGUUUGCAAAGGAAUCCUCUUCAACCACUGAGUGGACUGAGGUGCCCAAGUCCCUGGGCUUAGAGAAGCCUAAGCAACAGGAGCAGCAGCAACAGCCACCACCAGUGGAGCUGAAGAAGGAACCAGAGAAAACCGUCUCCUUUGCCUCCCAAGAACCUACAGAGGAGUGCUCCAUCGUGCCACCGCAUAUCAAGCAAGAGCAAAAUGUACCUCGCCACCCCAUCCCACACACCUGGGUCCUAGGAAAGGAUCCAGUUACCAAACUGCCUGCAGUCAAUCUCCUUAUUGCCACCUCUCCCAAAAUCAAGCAAAAACAUGCAGAACCAGGUGGGGAUUGCCAGUCAUCCAAUGACUCUCCGGUAUCAGCAGGACUCCCCCAAUUUAAGAGGCUAUCAGGAACACCAAGCACAGAAGUGGUAGUUCUGGAUGAUCCAGAAGACAAUGCAGUGGGACCAUUGCAGCAAAUGCACCCUCCAGUGAUCAUGGAGGUCUACAGCCUGGGUGGUGUGCAGCCUCUCUCCCAGUUGGACAGUGUCUUGCGAGAGUUCUUGGCUGAGCUGAAUGAGAUCCCACUCCCUGCUCAUUGGGAAGUGUUGCCUCCACUGGGCAGCCCAGACCUGCGUCUCGUCCAGCGCUCGAAACACUCCACCAUGUCUGCUGCAGUCAUUCACAUCCGCCCAGGCCUCUUCUUCCACGUGGUGGUGCAAGACCUGCCGGUGCCUCAGGAACAUGAACUUUACGCCAGCCACCCAGCCCGCCUGACCACAGUGGAUGAGGUGGUGGAACUGAUCUGUGACCUGGAGGCCUACCGACUUUGUUCAGGUUGGCCUGCAGGGUGGCAUGCUGGAGAACGGUCUGAGGCCUGUGAUGUUCUUGUGUAUUCAGGCUGCUGUCCGCAGUGCCGUCUCAACCCCUGGCCGUCAGGAAGCGGCACUCGCUGAGAACCAAGCUGGGCAAGGGAAUUUGGGGACAGCCUCGGCCCUCUGGUCUGAGAAUGGGCAGACAUUUAAUUUUGACACUGGAAAUGGCUUGGAUUUCUAAAAGGAUCAUUCCUUGCCAUAGUUUCAUUUUUUUUUCUCAUGUUCAGUAGCUUGGCACAAAAAAAUAUAUUCCCCUUGUUGUUGUCUUCUAUCUCGCUUUUCCCCCGGUAACUCGCUUCUGCAUUUCUGGUGUUAAGAGAAGUUUCUUCGGAAGACUAAAUUCCGGGCUUGCUUCAGCCAUUUGCUCAUUUCCUGCAAGAGUGUUACAGGGUGGAUAGCGCACAUCACAGCAACUUGUGCUGACCACCAGUUUUGGGCACUUUUAAAACUUUAUGUGCUUGGCAAUGUAGUGUUAUAGGUUGAUAUGAUGGGCAUGUGGAGGUGGUUAUUGCAUCAGUUUGGGAUCUUGUUUCCAUUGUCUUUGCUUGCCUGGCCCCACCCUGUCAUAUCCAGCACUGUCCUGGAGAACUAUAGAUCCAUAGUAUGAUCUUCACCGGACCCAGGAAGAAUGGGAUUUUAUAAUAGAAUCUCCUUCUUGAUAAGAAUCCCUGUGGUCAAGACAUUUUCCCACACAUGUUUAGAACUUGAAUUGCCUCAGGCAUGUUUUCCUUUGUUCAGUGUUGUGUAGCUUGGAUGGUGAAUUCUGUCUGAGGACCAGCAAGACUUACGCUCUGGGAGCAGUAAAGGUCCCACAAAGGUUGCUUGAGAGGAAGUGGCUGAGUGGCCAUUCUAUAUGCUGAGAGAUUCCAGCAUGUUCUGUUCAGGGAAGUUCUACAGAAGCCAUAGCUGUAUGUCACUUGCUAACUUGUGGUUUUGUUCCAUGUCUUCCUUCAGUGUAGCUGGUGGCAGCGACAACAGCAACCCCUGCCCGCCCCUCCCCCAUGCCUUUUGCAGUCCGUCUGUCUUUCCUGAGGUGUGAUAUUUUUUUCUUUCAGAAGGAAAGAAUGAAACUGUCCUCAAAGAGUUGUCAAAUCAGAACUGGCCUCUAUUUUUUUUUAAUGUAUUAAAAAUUUGAAAGAGCAA